AUGUCUGGUGUUAAAAGAAGUCGUGUUUAUUACAAGACUAUGAUUUUAUAUGCAGAUCCAGAAGAUGAUGAUUAUUCCGGUAUUAAUCGUGAUUUUAGACCACGUGUCCAAAAAAGGCAACGAUUACCACCUGUAGUUGAAUUGUGUAGACAAAUGAUGCCUGAUAUUUGCACCAUUGGCGAAUCCAUCAGUGCAUUUGAAGAAGACAUUAAAUUUUUGGGUGAAGCUAUUGUCAGCGAAUUUAACAAUGAGGAAUAUUUCAGAAAUGCCCUAUUAUCGACCUUGUACGCUGUUGUUGUUGAACAGCCACAAAAACAACAGUGUGUUGCCUUAUUAAUAAUUUCUAUUAAUGCCCGUGAUUCUGUUGUUGGGAAAAGUAUAAUCAACUUUUUUUAUGGUAAAUUGCAAGAAUGGUGUGAUUUAACUUGUGACGAAGAAAAUUUAAAAAUCACUUCUAAUGAGACUGGGCCUUGGAAUAAAAUAAAAUUGAUUUUGAGGCUGCUAGCUCUAUUAUCUCCCAUUUUAAUUGAAGAUGAUUUAGUUUCUUUAUUCAAAAAUUUCCUUGAUAUCAGCAUUCAAUUGAACAACGAGUUUAGUGAAGAGGAAAGAUGUCCAUUGUCUGAAGCUAUCUAUUACAAUACUCUAAUUAAUGUACCAUAUUUAUUUUUUUUCAAAGGUACGUCUCACUCUUCAUUAUACACCAAAAUUCAGGAAUUAUUAGACUCAGUAUCUCAAAACUACAAGAUCAAGCCUAAAUAUUUUAGUUUGUUGGAUGAAUAUAAUAGAUCAGCACCAUACGAAAGAGUGGAACUAAUUGAACACAUUUUAAUUGCAGUGAAAAAAAGCAUUGCAAAUGAUUUUGCUGAAUUAAACUUUUUAUUUGUUGACUACAACCAUUUAUUACCAGAUCAACCUGCAGAUGUGGGUUUUAACGAUCCUUUAAGAUUACCGUCUAUUAACGACAUGAAACCAUACAGUGCUAUGGAUAAAGGUUUAGGUUCUAUUGAUAGUGUAUGGAAAACACCAAGAUAUGACUUUAAAGUUUAUUUGAUGAAUCCAGUGGGUAACUUUAACACUGUUCCUGAUUCCAAUUCAUAUGGUGGGUUAUUAUUAAAUGAUAUUACUGUUGAUAUUGUUGAAAGUUUAGAAUUUAAUAGAAAACAAGUGGCCAAGCAAGUAGUUACUUUAGAUUUAUUUUUUAGACAAGGGUUUUUUUCUGAAAGAGGCCAGUCUAUUGCACAAUUGAUUGAUAUCCAAGAGGAAAAUCCAACAAUUAGUACAUAUAAAGUAGAGGAUUUGGCGGUUCAAAAUAUUUUAAGUUUAAUUUUCAAAUUACCAACCCAGUCUCAAUCCUUUGCCUAUUUCUACACUUUGUUAGUAGAAAUUUGCGAUAAUUCUCCAAAAUAUAUUGCUCCUGUUUUUGGUAGAGCUUUUAGAUUCUUUUAUAAUAAUUUAGAAAACUUGGACGUUGAAUUAAAAUUAAGGUAUUUAGACUGGUUUUCCAUCCAAAUGAGUAAUUUCAACUUUUCCUGGAAAUGGAAUGAAUGGGAAGCUGUUUCUAUGCGUUAUGGGGGCGUGAGUUUUUAUAACAGCAAAAUCAAUUUUAUCAAAAAUUUAAUUAGAAAAGAAUUAAGAUUGACCAGCAACAAAGCUGAUGUCGAAGAGUCUUUGACAGAGGAAUUUUUGAAGUAUGUUGAUACAUCUUUUGUACCAUUUGAAAUAUUAAAAUCCUACUAUGCUAGUUUUUUUAACGGGUUUGAAAUUAAUCAAGAGGAAUUGAAGCCAUCCUUGUUUUAUUUCUUGAAUUAUACAUUUCCAUUUACCAAUGAGGUUCAAGAGGUAAUUGAUUAUUUACACAAGAGUUCAGAGGAAAGAAAUUUAGCGGAAUUGAAAGGGAUAUUUAAAAAGAUUGAAGAAAACCAUGGCUCAAUCAUCACUGAUAUUAAUAGAUUUACUGUUAGUUUAUUGACUCAAGCAAUCGUUUAUUCAGGUAGUAGAUCUUUAUCACAUGCCAACAAGUAUAUCAAUGAGUAUAAGAACGAUUUUAUUGAAUUAUUAUCUAUGAUUGAGGUAGACACGCAUUUAAAACAAAUGUGGAUAGUGGAAGCCACUUUAAGAUAUUGGAAUAAUAAUUCUCAGACGGGGUUUUUGGUUUGUGAUAUGUUUAAAAAUACUGGCAUUAUCGAUCCAUUAAUUAUUGCUAGGUUCCUGUUUUCAGAUUACGAAAAAGGCAAGACAUUGGGUUUAGUAGAAACCACUUGCUUAGAAGCUGUAUUUAGGCUAUUGAAUAGUCUAUCCUUAAUGAAAACUCCGCGUUUAGAUAUUUUUGAAUUUGUUUUUGAAAGGUUGAGUGGAAUUAUCAAUGAGACCCUUCCUCAAUUGGGAAUAACCGCAGAGGAAGAAGUUCCACAUCCAAAUUUAGAUAGUAACGAUGAUGAUGACAAUGAUGAUGAUGAUGAUGAAAAUAAUACCAUGUUUGAUGAAUCUGAAAUACCACGUUUUGAUUUAAUUUGGAGGUAUGAAGCCGCCAGCGAUUUGAUCAAGAGUUUGUUAAGAAGAUAUAGUGAUGAAUAUACAUUAUUAUUGGAUAAAUUGAAGUUAUAUAAUGAUAACAAUAUGACGAAUGUUCCUACAAGAAGAAAAAUAGGUACUUGGUUAGAUGAAAUGAAAAAGUUAUAA